AUGGAGCGAGGCCUGAGCCUGCUGAUUGCUGCAGUGAUGCUUUUUGUGGCUCCGGGUGUCCAAGCAGCAGACAAUUUCUCAUUUGCCACUAAUGCAACGGUAAACAUUACAAAUACAGGUUGCGGGACGACUAAGCUGUGCAUACAGACCCCAGACAACUGUGACCCUGCUGGGAACAGCAGCUGUUUCUUUGCAUCUGUGGCUGCAGGCAGCACUACAGCUCCUAACGGCACCGAGCUGAUGUUCCAGCUCAGUGGGAACUCCACUGGGUACAUCGCACUGGGGCUCACCGCCAAUGCAACCCAGGGUACCACUGCGCUUUACAUCUGUGCUCAGAACAGCUCUAACAAUGCAUCAUUCUUCUUCGGGGCUCGGCAGAGAAACAACAUCAACAACACACUCUCUACAUUUAAUUCGACUGUGACAAAGAUACGAGGCCAGGUAGUCAAUGGAAAGAUCCAGUGUGAGUUCAGUGUCCCCAAUUCAAAUGCCACCAACACCAGGAGCGCUGAUUCUACCACUUAUGUUGUCGUCCUUGGGUCUGGACCUUUGAGUGGAAACGAUUUUGGGACCUUUACAACUAGCAAAACCACCGAUCCUUUGAACCUCGCCAACCCAAGCGCCAAUGUUGCAAACGCCACCACAACCACCACAACCAACACAACCACCACCGCAUCACCUACUACUACAAAAAAUUCGGCCAGUGGCGCUCUUCACAGUCAUGCUUUGACACUCCUGCUAACUGUCCUCACGCUGUUUGUCCUGAAGACAGCCUGAAAGAGUGCAGAGAGGAAGAACCUGUGACCCGGUGAAGAUGACUGGUUUGCAAAGCCAGAAAA